GUGGUUGAGCGCCCAGAUGAAGUCACAGGCGUCUGUGCUUAAAGUCCGUUUGUGUGUCUGGAAAUCAAACGGCGGUUUGGAAACGUUCACGCUCUUAUUUACUUGUUGCGUCAGAGGACAAAGUUGACAAUUCAGCGGCUGCCUCAGACAUUUAAACUCCACCCACGAGUGGCUACCUCACCUUGUAGUGAGACGGACUCUGCUGUGAUCCCUCAGCAUCCAGGACGUAGUCCAGCUUUCCAACCACACUUCUCCACCUCUGCUGAAAGCAUUUUCCUUUCGCAAGCUUCAUCUACCGUAUCCUCCCAUGGGAGCGUAUACGACAAAAUGUGCUGCUGCGCGUCUGACCACAACAUCAGGUGAGCUGUGACUGUCCCCUUCUUUGUCUCUCUCUGUACACCUGCAUGUACCGUGGGCAGCCCCGGCCUGUCGGAGAGGCGCUGUGCUCAGAGACUGUGCUGCACUAGGAGAAACUCAUGGCUUCUGGCCCUCCAUCUCCCUCUAUAGGCCACAGGCUCAAGCUGCUGGAGUUGCUACUUGGGCCUCUGUUGGUCUUGCUGGUUUCUGGGCUGGGACCAGUACUGGGUCAGAAGGUCUACACCAACACAUGGGCUGUCCACAUACCUGGAGGUCUGGAGGAAGCUAAUCACAUUGCCAGUAAACACGGGUUUGUCAACUAUGGACAUGUAUUUGGUGAUUAUUAUCACUUCCGGCAUCGUACAGUGGUGAAGAGAUCGCUGUCAGAUCACAGGGGUACCCAAGUCCGUCUACAAAAAGAUCCCAAGGUGACUUGGGCAGAGCAACAGGUGUCCAAACGGAGGAAAAAGAGGGAUGUCUACGUAGAACCUUUUGAUCCCAAGUUCAGAGACCAGUGGUACUUGUACAACAGCAACCACCGUGACUUGAAUGCCAAAGCUGCAUGGCAGUUAGGCUACACAGGUAAAGGGGUAGUGGUGUCCAUCCUGGAUGAUGGAAUAGAGAGGAACCACCCUGACCUGAUGCAGAACUACGACCCGGAUGCCAGCUACGAUGUGAAUGAUGGCGACCCAGAUCCUCAGCCUCGAUACACGCAGCUUAAUGACAACAGGCAUGGAACACGAUGUGCAGGAGAAGUGGCAGCAGUUGCCAACAAUGGGAUCUGUGGAGUCGGUGUGGCCUACAAUGCCAAGAUUGGAGGUGUCCGUAUGCUGGACGGUGAGGUGACUGACAUGGUGGAGGCCCAGUCUCUCAGUCUGAAUCCCCAACACAUCGACAUCUACAGCGCCAGCUGGGGCCCAGAGGAUGACGGCAAAACUGUCGAUGGACCUGCCAAACUUGCCAAAGAAGCUUUUCUGCAUGGAGUUACAGAGGGUCGUAAUGGUUUGGGCUCCAUCUUCGUGUGGGCGUCUGGGAACGGCGGGAGGGAGAAGGACAGCUGUAACUGCGAUGGCUACACCAACAGCAUCUACACCCUGUCCAUCAGCAGCUCCACCCAGAACGGCAAUGUCCCUUGGUACAGCGAGGCUUGCUCCUCCACCCUCGCCACCACCUACAGCUCGGGAAACCUUAACGAGAAGCAGAUAGUGACUACAGACCUGAAAUCAAAAUGCACAGACUCCCACACAGGCACCUCUGCCUCCGCGCCGCUGGCUGCUGGGAUCAUUGCUCUUGCCCUUGAAGCCAAUAAAAACCUGACCUGGAGGGACAUGCAACAUCUGGUUGUACGAACUUCUCACCCUGCCCACCUGCUCACAAACGACUGGAGAACCAAUGGGGUUGGGCGCAAAGUUAGCCAUUCAUAUGGAUACGGUCUACUUGAUGCCAGUGCAAUUGUAGCGCUGGCAGAGACGUGGACCAAUGUGAGGCCACAGCGGAAAUGUGUGAUCACCAUGGUCUGUGAGCCAAGGAACAUCGGCAGCCAUCUAUCAAUUAACAAGAGUGUGGAUGCCUGCAUCGGGACAGACACACACGUGACCUCAUUAGAGCACGUCCAGGCCCGGCUCACCCUGUCCUACAACCGGAGGGGAAACCUGGCUAUCCACCUCAUUAGUCCUGCCGGCACACGCUCCACUCUGCUCCACCCCAGGCCUCAUGACUACUCAUCAGAGGGUUUUAAUGACUGGGCUUUCAUGACCACCCACUCCUGGGAUGAGAACCCCACCGGGGAGUGGACGCUGGAGAUUGAGAAUGUGGCUGGUGCCAGUGAUUAUGGCACUCUGACCCAGUUCAUCCUGGUGCUGUAUGGCACCGGCUCAGCAUCUUCCAGCUCCUCUGAGAAGUCUCAGCCUGGCAACGGCAACUGUAAGACCUUGGACCUGAGGCAGAUAUGCAUCGAGUGCAAUGCCGGCUACUACCUCUUUCAGCAGGGCUGUGUGAAAGAAUGUCCAGCAGGCUUCUCAGUGGGCUCCCAGCCCCUCAACUACACAGUGGGAAACUUUAUACCACCAGCUUCCGUCCCAGCCUGCCUGCCCUGCCCACCGCCCUGCCUGACCUGCAGCAGUCUCAGUCCUCAGGCCUGCCUGUCCUGCCUCCCUCACAGCUCCCUGGACCCCAUCUCUGGCACCUGCCUGCACCUUAACCAGUACAUGCGCGAGUCCCCUGGCAGCUUCAUGGUGGGCCAGGGGAACCCGGGAUCACAGCUCAGCUCUCGGCUACCCAUCACCAUUGCCGUGCUCAGCUGCAUGGCCAUCAUCGCCACCUUCGCUGGCAUCUUCCUGCUGCUGCAGCUGCGCUCGGGUGCACUCAUUAAGCUGCCCUCUCUGGAGGCUGGCAGCGGCUUCGGGGGCAGCUUCAGCCUCGGGGGAAAUAGGGUGGUGUCGUACCGCGGCAUCCCGACAAUGUGGGGGGAUGAUGGGGUAAAUACAGACUCCGAAAACGAAGAGUUUGACGUCCAAAAUGAGAGGACUGCCUUUAUCAAAACACAAAGUGCUCUUUAAUGCCUCCCCCACAUCCCUCCUUCUCUCCUGCUUCUCAUCCCCAUUUGUCUGAUAAUUCAGGGCUGUGGUAACUGUCCUUUCACAGUCUUUUCUGGUUUUAUCGCUCAUCCCUUUUUUCUGUCUCUGUCUUAUCGGGUUUUCAUCUGAGUCCUGCUUCAGGAUCUUGUCUUCCACUCUGCUGUGGGAGACCUGAUGGGAAGCCACUGUCUCUCAGAGCUUGGGAUGGCCCAAGCUUUCCUCUGUUCACACUUGGGCGCAGUUCUAUUAAACUGUCUGUCUGUGCAGAGUCCAUUUUCCCCUCUAGCUCCAACUUCUUUUUGUUACAGUAAACAAAUAAUUAUUUGCUUUCUUCCUUUCCCCCCCCCCUUUCCAUCAGUCUCAGUGCAGUAGCCAGACGAGAUUGUUGAAUGUGAGGAGUAGAGAUAUGUGUUUGCACACGUCCGAAUGCCUGUGUCUGUGUGAAUGUGAGCGUGUAAAUCUGAUGAACAGUGUAGUGCCCUUUUAUAGGGAAGCUAAAGCGGGUCCUGUCACAUUUAGUACUUUAACUAAAAAAGUGCAAACAAAAUGUUAUUAUGAGGCAUGAAAUCGGAUUUUGGAAACAUUGAUUCUAUCCGAAGUGCCGUCAACAUCCAAAAUAUGUUCAGAAAAGCACCAUUUAUCUGUAGUGACUCACAUUUUUAAAGUGCAAUUUUAAAAAUGCACAAAUCGAAAGCAUAAUAGUUGUCAAGGAAAGGUCCAGACUAAUGGUUUAUAAACAUUACCAUAUGUGUCACCAGUCAGAGAAACAAAACAGCUUUCUGAAUGUGUCAUGUCUGUCAUCUUUCUUUUGAUAAUGAGACCAUAUUUUGUGUUUACUUCAAACCAAAUCCAUCUUUUUUUUAAAAAUCCGUGCAGUUAUUGAUCUAGGUGUGACAGGGGCUUUAGUUCUCCUAUUGUACACACAAUCUGGAAAGAUCUCUCUUGGCUCUGGCAGAACAAACUGAGUCACACAACUAGCAAAGCUUCCUCCAGUCUGUUGGGACUUACUUAUUCUAGUUUGGAAACUAGAAAUUCUCCUGCGCUCAUAACCUCCCAACCAUCACAUGGAAGGGUGUCAAAUAAUAAGAUACAAGAUACAAGAAAAAGAAAAAAAAAAAACACACACAGGCUACUCGAUCAACCCUGAGGCACAAUCCCUUUCAGGGAUAUUUAAUUUCUGUGUCUCGUGCUCACAUCCUGGGGCUGGGAGAGAAGCAGCCGAGGUGCUGAUGGGACCCAGAACAAUAUGUGACUGUUGAGCUCAAGAGCUUCUCAAAGCAGCUGGCAGGUGUUGAGUUACCUGUGAUUGAUUUCUUGACAGAGCAGACGCAGUAACAACACAUUGAUGCUUUCCCUUUUUGUCUGAGCACAUUAGCACUACAAACACAUGCCUCAUAUCAUAAUGACUGAAACUUUAUUAAUGUGUGUGUGCGGCUGAGUGUGUUAGUUUACUGCACAUGAGGUGGAGAAAUGUUUAUCUGCCCUCUGAAGUGAAGGUUUCCUUUGCUCCUCCGUCUCAGUCUCUGCUCUCUUUUUCCAAAUCUUGAAUACUGUUUAGAUAUCCUGCGUUAAGACUCCACAUCUCAUCAGUGUCUCUGCACUUUCCCUCCAGUCUUCAUCUGAAAUUCAGAUUAGAUGAUCUCUUCAGCGUACUUGUCAAUUAAUUAUAUUCUGAAUGAUACUGCAGCAACUAUUUAUUCUGAGAGAUUUUAAUCAUACCUUUUAGGGAAGAUUGUUUUAAAGUGAUUUUUUUUUUCCCCGGGUCGGGUUAUCAUCUAAAAUAUGCAUCUCAUGAUUUAAUCCAGAGUAGCCAUUUUGAAUCCAUUGAUCUUUUUCUUCUACGUUGAAAUUACUUUAUUUUUAAAUUUCUAGUACAAAAACAGUGGAGCUUGCUGAGAGAGGUUGUCAUGGUGAUGACAUGCAUACAAAACUGCAGCUGCUCAUCCUUUUAUCUACCUCUCAUAAUAUUCAGCAAGGGUUCAUACGCCUUUAGAGGAGCUGUUAAAUAAUUAUAGAGGUCAAAUUAUAUGUAGGUCAGAUAUAAAAAGCGCUUCUCGAGAAAUAUUUAGGGGGGAUAGGCAUGUAAGUUAAAUUUAUGUUUUAGAAGAGAAACAAGCAGUUGCAGUUCAGAAACUGUAAAGCUGCUGUGUGAAUUCUAGUCUACUGAACCUCCUAUCUCUCCUAAAAUGUAUUGCCUUUAGGAUCAGCAUUCAUGGGCAGACACUCCUGGGCUUUAAAAACCUGUUAUUGAAAAUAGAAUGGGUUGAAGGAUUGUCCAUAGAUCUUGUUGGCCAGCGUUAAAGUGCUAAAUCAACUUAAAAUUCUUAGGGGCGUUUGUCUUCCUCACCUCUCAUUCUCAGUUUCUAUCCGGGCAGCUCGAUCAGGGGUGACCACCUUUUUUGUUAAGUUUAUGUCACUGACAAUCACACAAAACAAACACAUUUUAAUUUAACCACUUGUGUUGGAAAGCCUUCUCAGAAGGCAUUAUUCAUAAAUAUGCAGAGUUGAAUAUGAUUUAAAUUGCGAAAGCGUGUGCAGAGAAAGGGAAAAAAUAUAUAUAUAAAAACAGCAGAGAAUAAAGAGUUUCAAACCAGUCUCUGCCAGCAUCCUGUUCAAAAGCAUGGAGAAGGAUUGGUAUGUAUGCUCUCAAACACAGCACUGAGCCAGGAGGCUUAAUUCAUCUCAGAUGGCCAGUGCAGGUGUAGCACAUUUGGCUUAUCGCUGCAGUUUCAGCCAGGAAGCGCUAAACUGGAUUGGAAACCAACCUGAGAACGUGGAUUUAGAGAAAGUGCCCUCAAAAGGAACAAAGCUAAUGUGGCUGUAGAAUGAGCAUGUGCUGCAUUGCUUUAUGUGAUGUACAUUAGUGCCUACUGCCAUUUAGGCUUUGAUUGGCCCCAGUUUAAGGGGUAAAUUUAACUACAGCCUCAGACUUGAGCCACAAAAUGUUAUUGACUUCCCAGCUUGGUAUGAAGUGUGUAAACAACAGAUAAUAGGCUAAUACAGCACCAAAAUUGCUUCCAUAAACAAUUUUCCCUAACUCUGGAUGCUCUGUUUGCUUUUUUUAGAAUAACUAUAAUGUGGGACUCAAAUUUGUUGCAAUUAGUACUGAUUAAUUGAUGCUCAGUCUUGUCAACAUUAUCCAUUGUGCAUCUUCCCUUUCAAAAGACUUAUAUUGCUUCCAGAAAGAAUAGUUUCUACUAAAGUGCAACAUUGUGGGGUGUUCAGCAAGUUUCUGUGGCCCCUCGAGAGCACACACAAAAUUAUUUAUUCAUCUUAGCUUGAUGUUGCAUUCACUACAGCUUGAAAACUCAAACUGAUGAAGUCGGAGCUUUGUGCAUUCAGGUGUUUUUUUACUUUUAAGAAAAUCAUGAAUGCGGGCGGCAUUAAGUAGCUAGUGCUUCCAAAGCACAGGGAGCUGCUGAAAACCAUUAGCAGCCAGCUCAUUCUUUCACUUCAAAAAUGUGAUGGAAACUACACACUAAAACAGAAGAGGUUCUCUAAAUGUACCAGUCAGCAGCUUGUAAUUAUAAGGACACCACUUCACCAGUGUGAAGCCUUUUCAUAUAGAAAGUAACAGGAAUGUUACAAAAGAUCUGCUCGUUGCAAAUUGUCUCCUCUGACUAUAAAGAAAAGACUCGCUCAUGGGAAUGAUGGAGCCUUUUUCUUCAUACAGCUGAUUUAUUUAAUGCGGAGCUCGAUGUUGCUUCAGUCCUGCCUUAGGAUGUAGUCUGAAGUGAUCAAUAUCAAGUCGGAUGGAGUUAAUAGGAGCAAUAUCUUUGGCAUAACCAAAGACAAUCAUUUUAAUGCUGUCUGUUUAGUGUUACGACGUGUUGCUUUCAGGUUGUCUCAGUCCAUCGAACCCUUCACUUGUUCAAAGUGUUCUGUUGAUGUCAUUCUGUCCUCUCUGCCUUUUUGAAGAUCUGCGGUGACACCCUGUAUGUUCAGCAGCUGUGGAGGGAGGAGGUAGAAUGUAUCCCAUCUCCAUUAACUUAAGGGCUGAAUCCGAUCUGCGUGCGUCCGUGUGUACACAUGCUUGUUUAGGUAUAAAUGAAACUCUUUGUGAUUGGGGGUGGGCUGGGUAUUGGGGGAUGGGGUGGGCUUGGUUAGUGGAGCAACCUCAGACGACUCUGUUGACCACCUCCCGCCUCUUCGUGAGGUUCUUGGCCUGUGGCUGCACACAGUACCUUACAGAUUUGUGACCUAUGAAUAAUGUACAAGAAUGAUUAUCUUACAUGGGACAUAACUCUAAAAUAAGGCCUAUUUUUGUACUAUAUGAAUGGUGCAGUGUAAUUUUCUUGUAAUUUAAAGAUUUUUUUGCUCUUGUUUUUCUCCUUUUUAUUUAAUUGAUGUCAAUUAUAGAUUCUACUAAAAAUAAAGAUCUAUGCAAAUUUGAA